GGCAAAAAGCAGUCAGUCAACUAGAAACUCAGCAAUCAUCUUUUGAUCUAACUUCAAGCUUCUGACCUUGUUAUCUUCUUUCUACGUAUAAAAACCAACGCUAUAAAAAAAUAAAAGCCUUAAACCUAACGGACACCUGAUUCUGAGUUCUUCUUAUUAGAUAGAAUAAGAUAAUAGUAAUUUUUGAAAGUGGACAGCUUCUUUGGUUUGGGAGCUUACGAAAGGUGUUUAAGGUUAUUGUUUAUCUUGUUUUCAAGUAAUCUGAGAUAUAGAUUGUUUACUUAAUCAAAAGAUUCAUUUUGGCUUCUGGGAAAACUUAAAUUCAUCAUUAAAGGGAUUUUAUACGUUUUGAGGUGAAGAAAUAUUACACUGUUUUUAUUUGUAGGAUUCUUCAUACUAGCUGCAUUAUGCUUAAGAUCCCAGACCAUCAAGUUGCAGGGCACCAAGCCCAUGAUGGAAACCUUGGACCCCUUAUAGAUGAUUCAGGGCGAUUCUACAAGCCCCUCCAGGAUGAUGAACGUGGUUCCACUGAGGUGGCUUUUUACACAUCCUUUUCCUCCAAUAAAAUGAUCCCUGAUCACAUCCGCAGGUUUUUUCCCAUCUUCUAUGGAACUCAAUUUUUAGAGGCAUCUGAUGGAUCAGGCCUCCGUCCCCACCUGGUUAUGGAAGAUCUUGUAUCGAAACAUCUCACUCCAUCCAUCAUAGACAUUAAGAUUGGUUCAAGAACAUGGUACCCUCAAGCAUCUGAGGACUAUAUCCAGAAAUGCCUUAAGAAGGACGGAGAAACCACCAGCUUGUUAUUGGGUUUUAGGUUAUCUGGGUUGCAGGUAUAUCUAAACAAAGAAUCAGGAUUCUGGAAGCCAGAAAAGACGCUUGUCCAAGCAUUUACUGCAGAUGAUGUGAGAUUUGUCCUGAGAAAGUUUGUUUCAUCUAACUCACCUACUGAUUCAAAAUCAGUCCCAGACUGUGCUUUUGCACCAACUGUUUAUGGUGGUUCCACUGGUAUACUGGCACAAUUGUUGGAGCUCAAAGCAUGGUUUGAAGAUCAAACCAUUUAUCAUUUCAAUUCUUGUUCAGUUCUAAUGGUUUAUGAAAAGGAGUCACUGUUGAAAGGCAGGGGUUCAGGUGCUGAAAUUAAACUUUUGGAUUUUGCACACGUGGUGGAGGGUAGAGGUGUUAUUGAUCAUAACUUCUUGGGUGGGCUCUGUUCUUUCAUAAAAUUUGUCUCUGAUAUUCUUACCUGUCCAGAUGAACCAUCAACAAUAGCUUCCUCACAGGAUUCAGAGAAGAAAUGUAGCUCUACUGUUAAUGGCACUAGUGAAUGAACAUUCACACUGCAUAGGAGUUUUCACAACUAUCUGUGCUGCUGUACCAUUUUCUAUGGCUACAUUGGAGACUUCUCAAAUUUAGGUUCUGUUUAGGCUCAAUUUUUUUUUCCCUGCUGGACAGGGUCUCGACUUGUAGAUUUAAGUAGUUUUUACGCCACUGUUGCUCCAAGUUUGGUAGAGAAAACAACACUGUUGAAUCUUAGUUUUCCCCGUCUGACCAUGCUAGUAUUUCAAUUUCUGAAACGAAUGGAGUUAUCUUUAAUUGACUAUAUUUUCUUGCA